AUGGACACUAAGACUCCACCGAUCCCGUUGAAGGUCCAGGAGAAGCCGAAACCGAAGCAGCAGGAAAGUGUGGCCGAUGUGUCCUUGCCCCCGCUGACACCAUACAGGAACCACCGACAGAAACAGAAAACCCCUGGAACUCAGUGGUCGCGUGAUGUACCCAGUGCUAUACGGUAUCAGGAUCAUCAGAAAAAAAGGCCUUACAGAGUGCUUCAAAUCGGUGCGACGCCUUUGAUGCACGCUUGUCAACAGGGCGACAGAGCAAGAGUUCUAAGAUUGUUGAAAGAACAAGAGGAAACAAUUGGGUACAGAGAUCGCACUCUAAGGAACGCGCUUCACUAUUGCAUGGACGCUGGAACCGGAGGUGCCGUCGCUGCGGCGGCACCGGAACUGGUAAAUGCACCAGAUGCAGAAGGACACACGCCACUUCAUUUAGCUGUCAUCGCAGGUGAUACGCAAUUAGUGGCUGUUUUACUGGCGAAUGGUGCUGACGUGAAUGCCAAGGAUCUGGAGGGACACAGCGUUCUUCAUUGGGCUACCGUAUGUGGGGAAGCAGAAUGUGUUCGCUUGGUAUUAGCAGCGGGUGCAAGACCGUCGACGCCCGAUCUCCGUGGCGGAUCUCCUCUUCACUAUGCCGCUCAAUGUUGCGGUGCAGCUGCGACUGCGGAACUUGCUGUACCUAAGAAAGUAGGUUUAAAAGUUCUCCAGACCCUUUUGGAAUUCGGCGCCGACGUGAACGCGAAAGACGAGGACGGAAGACAGCCAAUUCUAUGGGCAGCAAGUGCCGGUAGCGUGGAAGCUGUGUUGGCUUUGGCUAGAGCCGGUGGUUCAGCUGCCGCAGGAGCUGCGGACAAAGAUGGCCUGACAGCUCUCCAUUGCGCCGCUUCCAGAGGUCACGCUAGAUGCGUCGAGGCUUUGGUGAAUCUCUGUGGAGCUCACCCUGAUCACGUGGACGAUAAUGGAUGUUCGGCUCUUCACUACGCCGCCACUCUUGGCCACGCUGAUGCCACAGCUUUGAUUCUAAAGUUAGGAGCCGAUCCGAAUCGUCAGGAUCGAAAGGGUAGAACACCAGCACUUUGUGCGGCAGCAAAGGGCCAAUUAGAGACCUUGAAGAUCCUUGCUCAGCACGGUGGUUCUCUUUACGCGAGGACCAUACGAGGAACCGGUGUCGCCCACGAAGCCGUCGCUUCCGGUAGAAUCGAGUUGAUCAAAUGGUUGGCGAAGAAACGGCCAAGCACUUUGGACGUAGCCACCCACGAUGGCAAGACACCUCUGCACGUGGCUGCCCUUCAUGGACAUCUGGACGUGUGCAAAGCCCUUCUAGACAAUGGCGCGAGGAUCAAUGCCGUCCUUCGAACUAGCAAAGGCAAUCUGAUGACAGCUCUGGACGCAGCCCUUUACAGAGGGCACCGAGAUUGCGCGAAAUUAAUUCAGAUGCACGGUGGUACCACGGCGCAGAAACUGCGGAUGCAGAGAACUGUACCGAAUAAAGUGUUCGCGACGAAACUGCGAAUGAGGCACGUCGACAGCAGUACCGAUACGGAGAGCAGCCCUCGUAGACGAGAUCGUAGCUGUCAGCUUCCGGAAUUGUACUACGAGGAACAGUGGAUUAAAAAGAGAACGCGACGAAGAGGUAAUCUGAGGAAAUUAGCACGUCAGGACAGCCGGAGCUUCAGCGAGGAGGAAGUUCGACUGUCAAAAUCGUCUUCGAAGAAAGAUCGUCAUCGAAGAAGAGCUCGCAGUGAAUCGGCACGAUACGAAGAGGAGGAUACCGAUCGAAAAUUGAGGAGGAAACGAAGUAAAAAACGAUCGUCCAAAUCCAGACGCGAUUCCAGCGAAACGUCCAUAGAGUCGGACAGUUACGAACACGUCGAGGAUACGUCGAGACAGAAGUUCGACUCGCGAAAGGACGAGAGCAAAAUGGACAGAAGCAACGGGACGGAGAGCCGAGAGAAUUUGAAAAGAGACGACGACGACGACAACGACGACGACGACGACGAAAGCGUGAGCGAAGAUAGCCUGGAAGUGGUGGUGGUGCGAAAAUCUUUGGAGAGGAAAUGCGAAAAGGUGGUAUCUGGACGAAGAUCAAAGACGCCCAGGGAAAGUUCGAAGGAGACGAAAUUCACAAAGACGCAGAGAAGCACUAGAAGAAAAUCGCGGUCCAACAAGUUGAAAGCGUCGGACAAUGGCGAGGGUAUAACCGGUCGAGUACAUUCGUUCGACAGGGAGCAAGGAGCGAAAGAAUCUACGCUCUGUGCCGAGCAAACUCCUAGAACGUCGAUAGACGAAGAGAAGGAAAAUGGGGGAAGUAUCGUUGAAAGUCGAUAUCGUAAAGACGUGACCGAUAGCACCAGCCAAGAAACGGUGGAACGUGUCGUUGUGACAGCGAUGGUUCAUAAAGAUCAAGGACCAGACACGCCAAAAUCAGUAGUUGAAGCAUCGAAAGAAGUCACCUUCGACGAUAGAUCAAGGACGGAAGUAAUCGAGGUGCAGGAAAUCUCCAGGGGAGUUAGUUCGGACAUUUUGGAACAAAGCGACGUAUCACGUAACGAUCUCGUGCAGAAAGCUGCCAGUUUAAAGAAAGACGUUGAAGAAAUGAGGCAACAGGCUGCACAGGAGAAAGUUCAACGGGAAGAAGAUUCGAGGCAGAGCCAAGAGAGAAAAGACUCCAAGCAAGAUCGAUGCGAGGAGGGUGCUAGUCGAGAUCAACAUGUAAAAUUAGACGAGGAUAGAGAAGAUGCGAAAAAAGUAGAUGACACGAGAAAAGAUCAGGAUCAAGCCGUUAUCAGUGAUGGUACAGAGAAGAAAGAUGAGAGUGAAAAAGGCAGGUUAGAUGUACGCGAGACGACCGAGUCGGAAAGUCCCACGUUGGAUUCGCUGAGCGAGCAGCAACGACGCCGGAGUCGACAGGAAGACAAACUCGUUUCCAAAUCAGACGGUACGUCGUCCGAAGCGAAAUCUGAUAAGGAAACCCACAAAGAGAAAACGGGCGUAUCUGAGUCCACUUUGACGAAAGAAUCGGAAAAGACGAGCAAAUCCGAAAGUCCAAAGAGCGAGAAAAACGUACAAAAAGGAGAUGCUACUCCGAGAACAGCGGUGGAAGACGUUUCGCCGUCGGAAGGAGAAGAAAGAAAAUCGACAUCCGAAGAAAUCAAAAGCAAAUCGAAAGCAAAGCCUGGAACCGUAAAGAGGAAACCGUCGUUCGACGAAAGAAGAUCAAAAUCCUCGUCCUCCAAGUCGGACGAAAGCCCGAAAAAGAGCGGUGGGACUCAGAAGAGAAAAGAAUUCAGCAAGAAACGCGAAUCUUCGGCGAAGAAGGUCUCUAUGAAAUCCUCGGUGGAAAAAGGGAGUAAAUUAGGUACAGAGAAGACGUCAGAAGUGCAAAAAGCUGAGGGAAUUCGUGUCGACAGCGCACAAACGAGAGAGACGUCGACCAUGUUAACGAAAAGCUCAAGCAAGGAAUCACCGGAUGAAAAGGAACAAAAAGCAGAUUCCGUUCGUAGGAAGUCAGUCGACUUUUCAUCCUCGAAAGACUCUGCGUUAGUGGAAGACGAUAUCGAAGACAAAUCGUUGAGCGCGGAUACACCGACUGCUACGAAAAGGAAGAUGGACGACGAGGAGAAAACUGACGAAGACUCGGUUCCGGCAAAGUCGAAUAUAGACGAUCAAAAGGAGGAAGACGAGGCGAAGAAAGUGAAGAAACGCCCCGUGGAGGAUGCACUGGCGACAGACGAAACGUUUCGAUAUAUCGACGAGAGUUCCUCGAGUUCUCCGAAAUCGGCGCAAACCAGACGCUCGAGACCGUCAACGGGAAAGAUUAGAAAAACCGGACGACCAUCGGCGAGGAAAUGUUUGUUCGAAAGUUCAGAAGAUCGUUCUCCAGACAGGAGUGCGAUAGUGGCGGUGAUCGAGAGUCCAGAGUGGGACGAAGAAGACGAGCAGAUCGACAAGGAGAUCAGAGACGCUAUCGGGGAAGAUGCGGAACACGAAACGGAACCUGAGGAUGAUAACGAAAUGGGUGUCGUCAGAAUGCUGCCAAGCACGAGCGAGGAAGAGAUGUCUCGAGCUGGUCAUGAUGUUUGCAGAACUUCGGCAACCGACACGUUACCACAGGUGCAAUCCAGUACUCGAACUCGUCUGACGCGAGUUCAAAGUCCUCAGGAAAAUAGAACCAGUCGAUUGCAAGGGAAACAACGUCGCGAUAGCGGCGGCAGGGAUAGUGGCAUAGAACCUAGCCCUAGGGUAUCGAGGAUACCGAGAAGAAGAAUCAUGAAGUGCUGUCCGAACACGGAUAAGCAACAGUCUCUUAACAUGGAUACUAUAACAAGAGACGUGCAAAUCAGUUUACGAAGAUAUCACCUGGAAAGGAAGAUAUUUUUUCAGCUGAUGGAAUUGAAAAGAUUACAGAUACGUCAUGGCAGAGCGAACGAACAAGUUUUAGUUAAAAGACUGACACUUCGAGGCUUUCUUGUACGAUCAGCUGAGGAAACUUCAAAAAAGACCAGCGACUCCAGAUUUCUGUAUGGAAGCGAAACAAUGCAUCCAGAAAACCCAUCGCUGUCAUCACGCCACAAGUGCUUACACUUCCUUCCCUGUGUACACAUAUCGUGGAAGUAACACAUGGAGAAGAAAAGCAAAUAAUAGCUCUUCCAGCUGAAAGGUUGGAUCGUUCGAAAAAAUAUUACGUAACGUUCACUGUACGAGGAGAAGCGCAACAAGAAACUGAGAAGCCGAAAUCGUCGAUCGGUAUACAAAGGAAUGCCAAAAGCGUUUAGAAAGUCUUCAAUUGUUAACUAUAUACAUAUCGA